AUGGAUUGGCUUGGGAGAAAACCAGCGAGUUCAACCAUGUUCGUCUCGUUUGGGAGCGAAUAUUUCUUGACCAAAGAAGACACAGAGGAGAUAGCCUAUGCCUUGGAGCUCAGCAACGUAAACUUCAUAUGGGUGCUUAGAUUCCCCAAGGGAAGAGAAAUCUCAACACGAGAAGCUCUCCCGCCAGGCUUUCUUGAAAGAAUCGGCGAGAGAGGAAGAAUAGUAGAAGGAUGGGCGCUGCAGGGGAGGAUUCUCGGCCACCUGAGCACCAGCGGGUUCGUGAGCCAUUGGGAGUGGAAUUCAAUAAUGGAAAGCUUGAGUCUCGGCGUUCUGAUCAUCGCCAUGCCAAUGCAGCUGGAUCAGCCGGUGAACGCCCGGCUGAUGGUGGAGAUUGGGGCGGCGGUGGAGGUGGAGAGAGACGAUGACGGUAAGCUCCACUGGGAGGAAAUGGCGGAAGUUGUGAGAGGGGCGGUGGGAGGAGAAAUUGGAGAGAAAUUGAAGAGAAUGUGA